AUGCUCGACGACAACCUCCCGACCUUUCGCCUCCAGCCCUGCCCCGACGACCCCCUCCAAACCCUCGUUUACUAUGCCCACAACGGCUCCGAGCCCGCCGCUACAUACCUGCUCAAGCGCCCGUCGCCGCCCUCGUCCCGGAACCAGUUUGCCCUCGGCCUGCUCGACGCCCAGCUGCCCUCGCUCGUCUACGCAGAGGUGGCCGUGAGGCCCGAGUGGACGCAUCCGACCCUCUCGGCCGCAGAGGUGCGCGCCUCCUCUUCCUCCGCCUCCCCCUCGCCCGCCCCCGUCACCCCGGACUCGUUUGCCGUCUCGCUCUACGACCCGGACAUGGCCGUCACCGUCAAGCACCGCCCGGGCAGCUGGAACAAGUCCGAGGCCUGGGAGUUUGAGGUGCCCGAGCGCAGCUUCAGGAUGCCCAGCGCCAGCCGCAUCGACCAGGACAGCGCCGGCGCCCAGCUUGCCGCCCUCGCGCCCAAAGUCGUCUUUCGCUGGAAGCGCGACGGCAGGCUGAGCAAGGAUAUGACGUGCUACAUGUCGGGCAGGAGCGUCGGCGGCAAGAAGAGCAAGGAGCCCGACAUCACCGUUGCCAUGUUCCGCGCCGCCAAGAACGAAGGCCUCGUGACCAUUUACGAGCCCAACAUGGCGCGCGUCGACAUCGAGGACCUCAAGGGCCUUGAGCUGUCCCUCAUCCUCGGCUCCGUCGUGAUCAGGGAUCUAUACCUCGCACCGCGCCAAGAUGCCUUCAACGUGGCCGGCGCCUCUGGCCUGACCCAGGUCAACGGACAGCGGAAAGGCUCGGGCUCCCGGCCCCCGCCGCAGGCCACCACCUCCUCGCAGCCCGUAUACGCAUCCGGCGCCCUGGGCAUCCCCCCCCCGGCAUCACCGCCCGCGGGCCGAGACGCGCGCCAGCACGCCGAGAUCGAGGCCGAGACCAAGCGGCUGCAGGCCAUGGUCGCCCAGGAGAACCGCAAGGCGCGGGAGCGCGAGAAGCGUGACGCCGAGGAGCAGAAGCGCAUCAAGAAGAUGCUUGAGGACGAGGACAAGGAGCGUCGCCGGCGCGAGGCCGAGGUGGAGCGCGAGACGGAGCGGCUGCGCCGGGAGUACGGCGUCCCGUCAGCCCCCGGCGCGGGCGGACCCUCUCCGGCGCUGCCCCCGAGGACGGGCCAGAGCCAGCUACCUGCCCGGCAUAGCGGCGGCUGGUGA